CGACGUAUUUUUUGUGGUUUUUGAGCAGCAAAUCCAUUUUCUCGAAUUAAUUGUGUAGUAAAUUCAUUUUUUAGGAAUGAUUCGAAUACAUCAAAAGACGAAGGAACUGAAAAAUGCCACACGGUUCAGCAACUUGGCCUUACCGCAGCAAAAGAUCGUCGUAAUAAGUGACAAAAUUGGUGCUGAACCGAGGGCCUAUCGAUUAAUAGCGAAAUGGCUCACCGAACAACACGGAGAGCAGCAAGGGUUUUCGAUUGGCGUAAAUCAAUUGAACGAAUCAGCCCCUUUUAUGACGAUGCACAUUUCGAAGAUCGAGCGCCACUUUCAGCUGAAGCAGGUUUUUCAGUUCAUAGCCGUAUGCCGGAAGAAUCCUAAGGUAGUGCACCUGUUCGUAUGGGUUGCGGAAAGCAAGUUGAAGCAACCGUUUCUCCUGCCAUACCUGGAGCACAUGUCCGACACGAUGGUCACUCUUGAAGAUAGCGAACAUUUAGCUCUGGUGGUGAAGAAACCUAGCGGAGCGGUGACCAACAAGUACUACGAAGUGUGUGCGUCUUCGAGUGAGUUCAAUGUGAUCGAGACAAAGCGUGUGGCGAAUGUGAAGCAUGUGCAAGCAACGGCAGAACCGGCACCACCCAUCAACCCAGCAACGCUCGGUACAUUCAAGAUCGACCUGAAGGAGACGGAACAGCAGGCUAAGAAUGCCCUGACACUGCCUUUCGAAUUCUUCAAGACGACCCCGGAUGGAGGCAAAAUCUUGUACCAUCCCGAUGCAGCGGACGAUCUUGAUGAGGAAGACCCCGAUGACGAUUUGCUAAUAUGAUUUUGCUUCGGAUAUAUCACAGCCAUCGUCGAUAAGCGGCACAAUAGAAGAGUAUAUGGUAAUUGUUUGUUU